AUGAGCCUCAACCACACGCUGUCGACGGUCGGCGGCUACAGCUACUUCGAGGACUGGGCCGACGAGAUGACGGGCCUGCUGCGCGAGCUCGCCGCCAUCGUGACCGACGGGCCCGCCGCCCACGGCCUGCUUCUCCAGCGCUGGAACGACGCGGCCGUCGAGGGAGGGCUCAUCUACUACCUACGCCUGCUCGCCGCCACCUACCUCAAGGCCAACGCGUCUACGUACGACCCCUUCGUGCCCGACGGCCAGGGCGUCCAGGCCUACUGCAGCCAGUCGGUGGAGCUCGUCAACCGCGAGAUCGAGCACCUCGGCAUCGUGGCCCUCGCCAACAUCCUCCUGAAGCCGGCCGGCAUCGCCCUCGAGAUCGCCUACCUCGACCGCAGCCCCGGCGGCCGCGUCAACAACCACCGCUUCGCCGACGAGGGCGAGCAGGUCAUCUACCUGCUCUACCGCCCGGACCACUACGACAUCCUCUACCGCGCCCCCGCCGCCCGGCCCGUGGCGAUGCAGGUCAGGAGCCUCUCGCACGACGUGCGCAUCGCGCCCAGCAGCGCCAGCCUCGCCGCCUACUCGUCCCUCGACCUCGACGUGCUCGCCAUGAUCCCCGGCUUCACGGCCGUCGUGCCACUCAUGGCAAUGCCGACGCCCGAAGGCCCCGAGGCCGAGCCCUUGGCGCCGACGGACGGCGCGAGCCCGUGGCCGCCGACGUUCCUCGACGGCCCGCCGACACCGGUGCCGCCGCUCGCCACCACCUCGGUCCUCGCCCGAUGCCCCCUCGAGGCGCCGGCCUGCCCGAUCCGCUUCAGCCCCGUCCAGCUCGAGUACGACGAGUCCAACGGCGGCUUCGGCGAGGCCAACUUCCAGGCGAAGACGAGCGCCUUCAAGAACAGCGUCUGGAACCGCGCCCACUACGGCAACUCGCACUUUCACCCCGAGGAGUGGACGCCCCUCGACGAAGACAAGGGGAAGAGGCGGAGGGCCAAGGACGCGUGA